AUGCUAAACUUAUUUCUUCCUUUUCUCCGUCCAUAUAUGUCCCAAGACUUUUCUCUUUCCUCUUACCUAUUCUCCCGUUACCAUUUAUUUUGUUCAUAUUUUUUUUCUUUUACUUUUACCUUCUAUUCUGUUACACCCACCCGACUCCAAUCAACCCAGCCUCUUCCUUCUACCCGCUUCCCACCCAACUCUUAUUCCACACUUCCCGUCUAUUCAAUACUACUCUUCAACUUUCUUUUCCUUUUUAGUUUCUUUUUUUUUCCCACCUCAUACAGCGCUUAUCUGGUUUCUCUUCUUUUUCUUACCGAUUUUAUUUGGGUUUUUAUAAUAAAAAAAAACAUUUCUUUCCUUUUUUUUUGCAUAAUUUUCCUUUUAUUCUUGAAUUCUCUUACUUUCUCCCUCUUUCCAUCUUCCCUUCCCCUCUCUUUCGUUUUCUCUCUCUCACUCUCUCUGUUUCUCUCUCUCUCUCUCUAUCUAUCUAUCUAUCUAUCUAUCUAUCUAUAUAUAUAUAUAUAUAUAUAUAUAUACAUAUUUCUAAAUAACGUCUCUUCCUCCUCCUAUUACUCCUCCUCGUUCUUCUUCUUCUUCUUCUUCAGCGUCUCUUCCUCCUCCUAUUACUCCUCCUCGUUCUUCUUCUUCUUCUUCUUCUUCAGCGUCUCUAUUCCUCCUCCUUAUUUCUUCUUCUCAGCGUCUCUUCCUCCUCGUUCUUCUUCUUCUUCUUCUUCUUCAGCGUCUCUUCAUCCUCCUAUUACUCCUCCUCGUUCUUCUUCUUCUUCUUCUUCUUCUUCUUCUUCUUCUUCUUCUUCUUCUUCUUCUUCUUCAGCGUCUCUUCCUCCUCCUAUUACUCCACCUCGUUCUUCUUCUUCUUCUUCUUCUUCAGCGUCUCUUCCUCCUCCUAUUACUCCUCCUCGUUCUUCUUCUUCUUCAGCGUCUCUUCCUCCUCCUAUUACUCCUCCUCAUUCUUCUUCUUCUUCAGCGUCUCUUCCUCCUCCUAUUACUCCCCCUCAUUCUUCUUCUUCUUCUUCUUCUCUAUUUUUAUUUUUUAACACAUAUUAUAUAUAUACAUACAUACAUACAUAUCUAUCUAUCUAUCUAUCUAUCUAUCUAUCUAUCUAUCUAUAUAUAUGCAGAAAUUUUUCAAAAUCGAAUGACUAA